CUGUUCAUGAACUUCAAGGAGCUGAAGUCUGUCACUCACCUCUGAGCUCCCUCUGUCUGGUUCACAGAGCUCUUCCAUAACAAAAUGUCUGACACAGAAGAAGUCAUGGAGGAGGAAGCUCAGGAGGAAGAAGUGGCAGAUGAUUCAAAACCCAAACCUAAGUUCAUGACGAACAUUACUGCCCCCAAAAUCCCUGAUGGUGAAAAAGUGGAUUUUGAUGACAUCCACAGGAAGCGUCAGGAGAAAGAUCUGGCUGAGCUGCAGUCUCUGAUCGAGGCUCACUUCAUCCAGAGGAAGAAAGAGGAAGAGGAGCUCAUAGCCCUCGUUAACAGAAUCGAGAAGCGACGUGCUGAGAGAGCAGAGCAGCAGAGGAUCCGGGCCGAGAGAGAGAAGGAGAGGCAGGCCAGACUUGCGGAGGAAAAAGAGCGCAAGGAGCUGGAGGAGCAACGGAAGAAGCUGGAUGAGGACGCCAAGAAGAAGAAGGCCCUGACAAACAUGACCCAGCAGUACACCGCUGGACAAAAGAGUGACACCAGAAGAGGAGGCAAGAAGCAAACUGAGAGGGAGAAGAAGAAGAAGAUCCUGGCUGACCGCAGGAAGCCACUCAGUAUUGAUCACCUGAAUGAGGAUAAACUGAAGGAGAAGGCCAGCGAGCUGUGGCAGUGGCUGAUGGGCCUGGAGGCUGAGAAGUUUGAUCUCAGUGAGAAACUCAAAAGACAGAAGUAUGAUAUUAACCAGCUUCUUGCCCGAGUCCAGGACCACCAGAACGCCAAAGGUCGCGGCAAGGGAAAGAUGGGUGGCCGGCUGAGGUAAAGGAGCGGCCAGACGGGGACGAGGCAGACCGCGACAGCAGUGACUGGCCCUUCGAGUCCUAUUACGUGUGUAUUCAUUGUUCUGUUGUGUUGGGUUACAUGUCGAUUGUCAUGAUAUUGAAACAAUAAAAUGGUCAUUUCAUCCA